GUAAACAGAUGUAUUUUGAAAUAUAAAACCCCCCACCAAAAACCGAGAUAAUAAAUCCGCACUUAAAAAAUGGCGACUACCAUAGUGGUGCAGGGGAGAAAAAGUCGGCGAGAUGUCGUAGCUUACAGUGAGUUGGCUGUUCGUCAGAAUGCAGCCAUCAUUGAUUACUGCCGAACAUCAUUGUCAGCACUGUCAGGAGCAACAGCUGGAAUUCUGGGAUUGACUGCACUUUAUGGUUUUGCAUUCUACUUUAUUACUGCAUUAUUAUUGUCGAUAAUGCUUCUGUUGAAGGCAGGAUCUCGGUGGCACAGCCAGUUUGUCAAUCGGAGGACGCUGCUCAUCAGUGGUGUGUUUGGCGGACUAUUUACAUAUGUAUUGUUCUGGACAUUUUUAUACGGGAUGGUUCACGUCUACUAGACUCCUCAUUUCAACAUGCUGGUCAGAUCGUCAUUUGUUUAUCAUUAAACAGUUUUUGUAAAUAUGCAAUAAAAUAUUUAAUACA